AUGCCCUAUCUUGCCCGUACUGAGCCCUGCGAAGUCUUACGUCGAGACGGUUUAGCAUCAGUGCUCUGGCUAGAAGAUGCCAUCGCCAAUUAUAACGUCCCCACGGUUGUAUUCCAACUUCACCUCCUGGUAUCCAACCCCAACGAUGCAGCCAAGAGCUUACGCCUGGCUGGAUGGACCGAUGUUGAAACAAACGCCCAAAUAGGCCUCUUUGAUGUCAAUUUCCACGAUAUCCAGUGCAUUUACCUUGACCCCCCCACCAUGGAGGAGGAGCAUGAGACCACUCCAGGACUACCUCCGCCGGUUCGCAAAGGUCCUCCACCGGUUCGCAAAGGUCCUCCACCAGCGACCAGGACAGUACUGCUCUCUGCACAGGACUGCAACGCCCCCAUUGAGCCUCUGUUAUCAGGCAACCCACCCCAAUGCGACACCAUCCCACCUUUGUGGUUCCUUGUCGAUGGCUUAAUAUCAGGUGUCCUCGAUGCCCCAGCAGAGAGCCGGCUAGAAGAAAGGCUAGCUUUACAACUGGUCUAUUUAUAUGGCCAUUGUCAUGAAAUGCGCUCCCCCAAGCUUAUUGAGCAGCUCAGGCUUGAGAACCGCCAAUUCCAUAUCGACGCGUUAACUGGCCCAUCUGUUGGGAAAGCACCACUUAUUGCUUGGAAUCGCCGAAUAAGGCGUCAGCUUCAAGAUGGUACACGUCAGCUUAUGUACGAGAAUUCACUUCUCUCUACAAAUCCUCCUGAAUAUCAGCAGUUUAUUUCUCAACUCCACUCUGAUUUCCGAGAAUUACAACCUUCUACAUUACUUUCAAGUAAAGAUUAG